CUAAAAACAAAUACAACAUCAAAACAAAUCACAAAUUGUGUUCGCUAAUUCCUGUUCCUUGUAGUGAUUACUGUUCCACCAUCACCCAAUCCCUCAUCGGAAUGUCCGAUACUGACGAACCGGCCUCGAAAUUCAUUGACCAGUACAAAAACUAUGGACGAACUGAUGCCAUCCUGCAGGAGGAACGACGACAGCGUUUGCUCGACAAACAGAAGCGAUGUCGCGAGCUGGAACUGGAUGCCGGUCGGCCCGGUUUGCUUGAAGAGCUCGAAACGGACCAGCCGGCGGACGAGUCGAUGGAAUGCCAACAAAAUCAAACCAAACAGAAGAAACGGAUCCGCAUCAUCACAUCAAAGCUUUUCGCGAACAAGGUGCAGCAGUCCGAAUGGAUGCACGAACGACCGGACGAUCUUGAGCAGUGGCUUGUACGACCGUGUCCCGUAGGGCAACGGUGUUUGUUGGUGUUUCGCCAAAGAUUAGUGAUAGCGUUCAAUAAGCGAGGCCGUUCGAUUGCUUCGAUUCGUCUGAAACGUGCGCUGCGUGAUGCGAUCGUGCUCGAUUGCAUCCUGGCGAAAGAUCGCACCUUUUACAUACUUGACGCACUCGUGCUCGCACAGGUAGAUCUAGUUAACUGUGAUUGCCAGUUUCGGUUCGCAUGGAUCGAGUCGAAAUAUUACGAACACAGUCUUGGCGAGCUGUUCGAGACGAAAACGGCCAACGGGAAGGAAGGGUUUCGGUUAAGUUUACUUCCUUCGUACGAUCUAGCUCAUCACGGAGCGCUGGAAACCUGUUGGUCCCAGUAUCCCGCCUUUGCGAAUGGUACACCGAAGCUGGAUGGCUAUUUAUUUUAUCACAAAGAGUCCCACUACGUGUACGGGAAGACACCGCUAGUGGUGUGGUUGUUUGCGUUCAUGCUGAACGACGUGCUGAAGCUUCCGGCGGGACUAGUAAAUGAACAGUAUCUAUCGGACAAACCGGCCCGCUACACCGGCAACUAUGCGGAAUACAUCGAAGAGUUCGAUCGUAUGCAGGCGAAACGAAAACGCAAACCACGCGCCAAGAAAACGACCCAAACGAUGGACACGACGGGCGAAUCGGUGGACGAUCAACCCGAUGCAACACUCUGGGAAGCAAUGGAAGCGGCCCCACUCGAUUCCGAUGAUGAUGAUCUACGACCAAAGGAAGAGGAUGCCAUGCGACAGCUUGAAAUGGAGUAACUUUAAGAAGAGAUCGUGAGAAGAUCGUUUCAGUUAAGAAUAAUGUAAACAAAUGAACUGUUGUA